CAAAAAGCUCUGUUCUUUUCGCACAUUGGCUUUGGCCCAUCAGUAUUACUCUUUUAAAACCACUCUCCUCCUUCUUCCCCUUCUCCCUUCUUCCCAGCCCCUCCCCUCCGAGGAGCGGGCCCUUCCUACUGAUCUCGAACACUGCGAUCCCUUUCCCCAUCCACCAAGCCGGCAGCCUCCCCCGAAUUCUCUGAAAUCCCUCUGCGAUCCCUGAGGAGACGCGUCUUGGAGCCCGGCACCGGCCAUCGCUUCAGUGGUCAUGCCUCCAUUGCCUCCGAUUUUCCGGCUUUUAGGUUUUGCUUUCUCAGACCCAUUACCUGAGUGUAUUUAAGACUUCUGGAAGAAGCUCAAUGUGGCUAUAGUAUGUAAAUCGCAUCAUGAGGCCAUUAGACAUGCAAGGGCAUCACUCAGGAUCAUCACAAACAGAGGAAUCUGCCCUGGAUAUGGAAAGCAAUAUAUGCAAUCACCCUUACCUGCCUUCUUGUUGUCCAUCUCCUCUCCAACCAGUUGCAUCAGGUGGUCAGCACUCUGAAAGCAGUGCUGCAUACUUUUCUUGGCCUAAUUCUACCUUAAUGCAUGGUGCUGCUGAAGGCCGGGCAAAUUACUUUGGAAACCUUCAGAAAGGAGCACUGCCAGGACAUCUCGGCAGACUGCCAGAUGGUCAACAAGCCACGACAUUGCUUGACUUGAUGACUAUAAGAGCGUUCCACAGCAAGAUCUUGCGUCGUUAUAGUCUGGGUACAGCAGUUGGCUUUCGAAUCAGGAAAGGGACAUUGACUGACAUACCGGCAAUUCUUGUUUUUGUUGCGCGAAAAGUUCACAGGAAAUGGCUCAACCACAACCAAUGUCUGCCAUCUGCCCUUGAGGGACCAGGUGGUGUAUGGUGUGAUGUUGAUGUUGUGGAAUUCUCUUAUUAUGGUGCACCAGCACCAACUCCUAAGGAACAAUUGUACAACGAGCUUGUGGAUGGCUUACGUGGAAGUGAACCAUGCAUAGGUUCAGGUUCUCAGGUGGCAAGCCAAGAGACAUAUGGAACCUUAGGGGCUAUCGUGAAAAGUCGCUCAGGAAACAAGCAAGUUGGUUUCCUUACCAAUCGGCAUGUUGCAGUUGAUUUGGAUUACCCUAACCAGAAGAUGUUUCAUCCUUUGCCGCCCAACCUUGGACCUGGAGUUUACCUGGGUGCUGUUGAAAGGGCAACAUCCUUUAUCACAGACGAUGUUUGGUAUGGGAUCUAUGCUGGAACAAACCCAGAGACUUUUGUGCGAGCUGAUGGGGCAUUUAUCCCUUUUGCUGAUGACUUUGACAAGUCCAAUGUCACCACUUUAGUGAAGGGAGUGGGUGAGAUUGGAGAUGUUAAGAUUAUAGACUUGCAAUCACCAAUCAAUAGCCUUAUUGGGAGACAAGUGGUGAAGGUUGGAAGGAGCUCUGGUUUGACAACUGGAACUGUAAUGGCUUAUGCUCUGGAAUACAAUGAUGAGAAAGGAAUAUGCUUCUUCACUGAUUUUCUUGUUGUCGGGGAGAACCAACAAACAUUUGAUCUGGAAGGUGAUAGUGGGAGCCUCAUUAUUUUGACGGGCCAAGAUGGUGAGAAGCCACAACCUAUAGGAAUUAUAUGGGGUGGGACAGCUAAUCGUGGAAGGUUGAAGCUUAAAAGUGGUCAGGGUCCAGAGAAUUGGACAAGUGGGGUUGAUCUGGGUCGCCUACUUGAUCUUUUGGAACUUGAUCUUAUUACAACCAGUGAAGGACUCCAAGAUGCACUGCAGGAACAAAGAAUUGCUUUUGCUGCAGCAGUUAAUUCGGCAGUGGGGGAGUCAUCUCCUACUGUAGGCACCGUUCCAAAUGAAAAGAUUGAUGGGAUUUAUGAACCUUUAGGUCUUAUCAUUCAACAGUUCCCUCCUGAAGGUGCUUCUGGCUCAGCAAUGAAUCCACCAUUUGCACAUGCUGAAUUUCAGGUGGAUACAAGUGAGGCUGCAAAUAAUGUUGAAGAGCAUCAAUUCAUUUCAAAUUUCAUCAGCAUGUCCCCUAUACAUCGCAACCAAGAGGACAAUCCAGAACUGAAAAAUCUCUCGGAAUUAAGAAAUUCUAUUGAUGAAGAUCUUUCUGUUUCUCUACAUUUGGGGGAUCGAGAACCUAAAAGACUGCGUUCAGAUCCAACAUUGAGCUUAGAUUCGCCACAAUGACAGGAAUUUUCAAUCAUGCAGUAGCUGCCCUAUAGUUGUCAAGCAGUGUCAAGGAGGAAUUUUUUACUACAUGGAGAUGCAUCAUUAUGCAGGCAUGGUUAUGAAUUUUGAAAGAGAUUCUGCAUGAUCAGUUCAAGUAGGGUUAAACUCUCCGGCCUAUACAGAACUAAUGAAUGGCCUGCAUUUAAGGAUUAAUUAUUUUUCUUUGGUGAUCAUCACGUCUAUAAGUUGUGAAAUGGCACUGUGCUGAGUUUAGAAGUUGGAUAUUCAACCGGUCAGUGGUUUUGCAGUUUGCUUGCCCAAGUGAUUUGAAGAUGCAUUAGUCCUCAGUUAUAUGGAAGAAGUGUUUAUGGUAUAUUAUUGCCACACUCUGUUGGCUCGAGCUACAUUUUGUAUUGAAGUAUUAGAUCAAAUUUUAUUUUGGUUCGUGUUCUUUCUUCUUAAACAUGAAAUAUCAUUCAAGAUCAUAUUCUCAGAGUAUGAAAUUCUCCUAAUUUUCUCUAUGGUCCAAAA